AUGUCUGCUUCGUCGAUUAACCGGUCCUUGGCCACUAUAAGGACUGAGCUGGACUUUCUGCAAGAUUCUGAGGUGAUUACUCAAGAUGUGUACCGUAAUAUUUUAAGCUCGUUGCCCGAGCGUUACGACCCCAGUGCCAACAAAGGAAGCGCACCAGAGCCUCAAAAUGAGUUUGUGGAGGCUAUCUAUGCCUUCCAGGCUCAACAAGAUGGCGACUUAAACCUGCAGGUUGGUGACAAAAUUGAAGUGCUUGAAAAGCCAUCGCCAGAAUGGUAUAAGGGCAAAUGCAAUGGUCGUGUCGGUAUGUUUCCAUCUAAUUACGUGAAACCUGCAUUUUCCGGGACAAACGCGGUCGAGACUGGCCGCAGUAACCUGGCUGCUCCUCCCCCCCAGUAUCAAUCGCAGCAGUUUCUCCAGUCGCAGCAGACAAACACGAGCGCUCAGUCCAAUUACUCGCAGCCCCCAUUCCCUCCGCAAUCCACAAGUUAUUAUCAGGCACCUCCACCUCAACAGUACCAAUCUCCUCAAGCGUACUAUCAAGCACCUCCUCAGCAACAACCCGAACAACAGCAGCAGCAGCAACAACAAGCACAGCCACAACAAGGUCACCACGCUAAUGCUGCAUUCAAAAAAUUUGGGGGCAAGCUUGGUAAUGCUGCCAUUUUUGGUGCUGGUGCCACCAUUGGGUCGGAUCUUGUUAAUAGUAUAUUUUAA